GUGCACGCUUACAUCAUCAGCUACCUGAAGAAAGAGAUGCCCUCGGUGUUCGGGAAGGAAAACAAAAAGAAGCAGCUGAUCCUCAAGCUGCCUGUCAUCUUUGCCAAGAUCCAGCUGGAGCAUCACAUCUCCCCUGGGGACUUCCCCGACUGCCAAAAGAUGCAGGAGCUGUUGAUGGCCCAUGACUUCACCAAGUUCCACUCGCUGAAGCCCAAGCUGCUUGAGCCUCUGGACGAGAUGCUGACCCACGACAUCGCCAAGCUCAUGCCGCUGCUUCGGCAGGAGGAGCUGGAGAGCGUGGAGGCCGGCGGGCCGGGCGGGGGGCAGUCUCUUAAGUCACUCAUUCUGCAGUCCAGCAUGGUCCAUGAACUUGUGGUCCUCCUGCUUUGGCACCUCUUCAAUAGACAGGGUUAG